AUGCCGAGAAGGUACGGAGAAAACGGAUACGGCCUCGACAUGUUGGCGUUCUUCCAGCCGGGCUCAUCUAAUGGAACUGACGCCAAAACACGCACAACAUCCAGAAGGCACCAUCGAACCGGAUACGUCGUCCCUAUGCCAAUUGCUUCGCAGACCCCCUCAUCUAAGGAGGUCGACACCAAAGCACGUCCCAAAUCCAGAAAGUGUCGUUUCUAUCGUCGCGACAAAGCCGCGAAGCAAAAGGAUGACAACGACGACGACAACUACACAACCUCCGAAGAGGAAAUUAUCUCAGACCUCGACGAAGAGGCUCUUUCACUACUCCCACUUCAUCUUCAAAACAAUAUGCGUGAAAUCCACGCAGAACGAGUCCAACGGUGGCAGGAGAACAAAUCCCGGGGAAAGCAGUCCCAGCGCGAGCGUCAACUCCGCUAUCUACACCGAAAACGCGAGAAGCCAGAGCAAAAGCAGGAAGCAGAUCCUGAAUUGAGUAUUGAACCAAGGGACAAUGAGUGCAGCAAAUACGUGGAAAUGUGGUUCAAGAACAUGAUGGCGAAGGUUGCGGCCACAAGGGAGCAGGAUGCGAGGGUCUUACAGGGGGCGAACGCGGAUAGCCUGGGGCCUCCGCAAGACAUGACUUGGUGUCCGGUACGGCAUACGUGGGUUCCUGCUUACUUUGGACAGGAAAAUGGAGAGGAAAAUACACCUACAGAUGGAGAUGGGGUGGAGGACAGGUCUCCCGGUAAUCGCACUAGAUUGUGUGGCAUUGGUAGCCACGAAGCAUCUCCUAUGUCUGAAGCGGAGACAGUCGUUGAAAAUGACUACUUUCGACCCCGUCCUAACGACGAGUAUAUGUGGUGGAGGUGCUCUGGGCCGUACUAUGAGCUGGAGGCUAGCACUCUUCAAAAAGGUGGCCAGAGUGAGAAGCAUUUUGCUAAAAAGACCCCAUCGUUGCUUUCAAAGGUGUGUAAUGGAGUUCGAAAAAGGACCCGAAACCUUAAACAAAUCUUCAAGAAGUGA